CAGGAUGAAGCUUUCCACGGGCAUCAUUUUCUGCUUCCUGAUCCUGGGCGUCAGCAGCCAGAGAUGGGCUACAUUCCUCAAGGAAGCUGGUCAAGGGGCUAAAGACAUGUGGAGAGCCUACUCUGACAUGAGAGAAGCCAAUUACAAAAAUUCCGACAAGUACUUCCACGCCCGGGGCAACUAUGACGCUGCCCAAAGGGGACCUGGGGGUGCCUGGGCUGCCAAAGUGAUCAGCGAUGCCAGAGAGACUAUUCCGAGAGUCACAGACUUUUUUCAGCAUGGAGACAGUGGCCACGGACUGGAGGACUCGAGGGCCGACCAGGCUGCCAAUAAAUGGGGCCGGAGUGGCAAAGACCCCAAUCACUUCAGACCUGACGGCCUGCCCGACAAGUACUGAGCUGCCUCUCACUCUGCUCAGGAGACAGGGCUUAAGCGAGU